AUGCCGUUCGCCACUCCCAUCAUGCGGUCCUCUUCGUACAAGAGCCUUUACGGCCCGAAGUACCACAGCCAGCCGAACUACAAGGGCAUCACCUCGAAGCAGGUCGUCCGUUUUGGCAUCCAGACCGGCCCCUUUGCCGUUGCCGCCGCCGUCGCUGCCCUCUUCUACACCUCCGGCAUCCCGCGGAUACAGACCGACAUCCUCCAGAAGAUCCCUGUGGUGGGCAGCUACUUCACCAAGGAAGUCAACCCGGCCGACUCUCCCUUUUAA